GCCAUUCCUAAAACAAAUGAUAUGACAUUAUAUUACAUUACAGAUACUAUUAUCUAAUCUUAUUAUUAUUAUAUAAUAUAAUGACAUAAUAUAUUUCACUAGCAGGAUUACAGGAUAGUCUGUGUGGGAUACUCUUUUACUUUGAAAGGCAUAUUAAUCAUCUUGACCUUCGACAUUUUACUGCUCUGUUUCGCAAUUCAGCUUCUAUUCUUACACCCAUUGUUAUUUACAGUCAGGGAAUGUUUAACUAAAGUUGGGCAAUGUGCGAUAAAUCCCUGACUUGCCUCUUAGCUUUGUGCACACACACACCACGCCAUGGUAUCACAGUAGAUUCACACAGAAAGAAACCUGUUGGACAAGAUGCCUGAGACACAAAUGGUGACUGACAAGUCGUCACACAAUAGUUGAAACAUCUGUGGGACCUGGGAAGGUUUCGUGUUUAUGGUUGUACUGUUCUGUACUGACAGCAUUCAAAGGACUCUGCAUGUGCAGGUAGACUCACAAUGGAAUUUGCUUGUGGAUUUGUUUAUGUGCCGCCAUCAGUGAAUCAGAAAGACGGACAACGAUCCAAUGUCAUUAAGCGCUCAGCUCUUCUCCCUCCUGUUAACCGGAUCCGUCCUCGCAGUCCUCCCCCUCCUCCACCAACAAACUCUGCAGGAGCCAAGUCUACGUCCCUCCAAUCUCCCCCCAAGGUUAUUGAACAGUUGGAAAAAAUCAAGGAGGUGAAGAAGGUGGUGGAUCCCACUCCCUUCUAUGAAAAUGCAGCAUUUCACAAAAAAAUGGACACAACUUCUUCCAUCAGUGUAACUCCUCAGCAGACAACACCUUCUCGAAGGACAGCUCUUCUUCCACCACACAUGAAACCUGCGGCAAACAUCCAGUCCCCUCCUUACAGCGAGCCACUCCUUUCCUCCAACGCCAACAGUCAGAUGUUUACCUACGACCUCCCGAAAAAUGAGCCAGAUUUAAAUGCGCGUCCCUGGGACCCAAACUACUUGUACAUCGCACCAGAGGGCACGGGGAACGGGGUGAAGCUGCCAGCUGAUACUAGCAGAGUGUCGGCCCAGACGUCAGUCCCACCCCUUCCUCCGAGACCUUCAUUCAUGAAGUCAAUGCCAGAUUACCUGACGGUGUUGCCCGCAUCCCAAUCAGCUCCCUCACCAUCUAGGAAAUCACCCUCGAACACAUUACCUAUCCCAUCACCUACUAGUAAAGGAUCAGCAGACAAGGAUCCCCUGCCUGGGAACCCUAAUGUGCUCCUUGUCAGUUUAGGAAAAUUACUCUCAGAGGAAAGAGUGCAGACCAUACAAGGAGAACCCAACUCCUGCUCACUGUGCGGCUCCGUGCUGGACUCCUGCUAUGACAAUGUGGUUAGUGAGUGUUACUUCUGUCAGCCCUGGGCGCUGACCAGCACUCCCAGUAUACCACAGUGUAAUGAGGAUGGCCUCUUUUUGCUCGGUCCUGAUGAGAAGCCCCUGUGUGCUGCUGACGCUCUGCUGCUCUUCUGCAUCGACAUUUCAGGCUCCAUGAGCAUCACCUCUGAGAUGUCAGAGGGAGAGCAUGUUUUCCACAGAACCCGUCUCCAAUUUGUGCAGGAAGCCGUGUUGCUGUGUGUUCAGAGACUAAGUCAACAACAACCUGACAAAAGAGUGGGACUCAUCACCUUCAACAGUCAGGUUACAAUACACGGAAAUGAGAAUUUCACGUCACAUUCCCUGUGUGGUGCCGAGCUAACUGACAGCGACUUUCUGAAAGAGGCUGCAGCCAGUUUCCCCACUCCUCCUCCUCUUUCACGGACCAAGGACUACUUACAGAGACAAGUCAUGGGGUUAUCUGACGGCGGGACCACAGCUCUCGGUCCAGCUGCUCUGCUGACAAUUGCAAUAGCCUCCAGACAGCCAGGGUCCAAGGUGAUUAUCUGUACAGAUGGGAAGGCCAACACAGAUUUGGGGAAUCUGGAGGUAGAGGAUAUUGAUGCUCGCACCCUCCUCUCGUCCACCAUCUUCUACCAGGAGCUGGGGAAUUAUGCUGCCAAUCAGGGUGUGACGGUGUCUGUGCUGUCCAUAGAGGGAACAGACUGCAGGCUGGAUGAGCUGGGAAGACUCGCUGAUCGCACUGGAGGGAAAGUGGUGAUAGCAAGUCCCAAUAGGUUGCACUCAGAGUUUGAACAGAGCAUUGAGAACAGGACCAUAGCUACACAUUGCACUGUCACAUUACUGCUGCCCCAACCGCUGCAUAUGAUAGGAGAGAGGGAGGCAGGACACAUAGGGACCAGAGAGGUGGGCAACGUGGACCCAGAGACAGAGAUCACCUUCCAGUUUGGAGCUAUUGAACAGGACGUAGGAGUGUCCCCGCCAGCCUCAGGUAGCCGCGUGUCCAUCCAGCUGCAGAUCAGGUACAGGCAGAGGAAAGGACAGACGAUGCUCAGAGUGAUCACCGCGAGCCGAGAUGUUACUGAUGACAGUUCGGCGGCCCUGUCCUCUCUCUCUCUGGCCAUCAUUCAGCUCAACUCGUCGCAGGCCAGCGCCGCUCUGGCUGUCAGGGGCCGCUUCCUGGACGCCAGGAGCGAAGGAGAGCUGCAGAGGAAGCUGAUCGAGAGAGCGAUAGAGGAUAAUCGCAGUGCAGAGGACCAACAGACAUACGAACAAUGGAUUAAAACCAUGGAGCCAAUAUACAACAACACACAUAGCAUCACAAGGAGACAAACUGUUGUUUCAGACUCACAGCAGUCUCUAACAGACGUCGGUGCAGCGCUGCUCUACACCAUGAAGAACAGCAACAGGAAGUCCAUCUCACUGAAGAAUAACCAGAAACUGUCAGCCUCCACCUUUUAUGUCCCAUUAAACGAGCCAUGAAUGACGAGGGUAAAUACUGCCGUUUGACUUUGAUUAUCUGGCUGAAUAAAUAUCCCUAAAAUAUUUCACAAUGUAAAUAAUGCAUAACAGUAUAUCAACAUAAAACACGGUCAUCUGUAUCAUAAAGAAACUCAUUUUUCAGA